AAGCUAUAGCCACCACCGCUGCGAUGAUCAGUAGUAACCCCACGCAGGAGAAUCCAAUGACAAGCUGCCGCUCUGGAGUUAACCUUUAAGAGGAAGAAAACAUGACGGGGAUCAGCCUUCCCGCACAACACUGAGACAAACCCCCUGAUACCCCUAUACCUGCCAUUGUAAGGCCAACGGACGCAAAGCCAGAAGAUCGUGAGAAACUUUGCAUGACCACGCACUGACCGGACCACACAGCCUGUAGCGUAGAGGUUAAGUUCUGCUGGGUUCAGCAGAGUAGCAGUAGGAAGGCGUUGCUCUGAGAACGGUGGGCUGCGCGGGACGCGGGAAAGUCUCCUUCGCUGUAUCAAACUGUACAUAACGAAAGAGCGCCGCUCCUUGUUUGCGGAAUCUGUCCUGGAGAUAUUCAGCGAUACCCAAUCGCGGCUCCUGAGAGUCCCCAGCCCCUGACGUUCCUAAUCUGCGGUGAUGGAGCUCGAUCGCACGCUCUGGCCCUGCUGCUUCAUGCGCAGCUCGGCUCCUCCUACAUCCUGUCAUGCUACUUCACAAACUGGGCACAGUACAGACCCCCUCCCACCAUUUACAUGCCCACUGACAUCGACCCCUGCCUGUGCACGCACCUGCUCUAUGCCUUCGCCACCAUGAAGAACAACAGGCUGGCCACCUACGAGUGGAACGACGUGCAGCUCUACAGCCAGUUCAAUGCCCUGAAGAACCAGAACGGAAACCUGAAGACUUUGCUGUCUGUGGGAGGGUGGAACUUUGGCUCGGCCGGAUUCUCUGCGAUGGUGGCCAGCCCUGCCAACCGGAAGACCUUCAUCGACUCCGUCAUCGUCUUCCUCCGCCAGUACGAGUUCGACGGGCUGGACAUCGACUGGGAGUACCCCGCCAACAGGGGGAGUCCUCCCCAGGACCAGCAGCUCUACUCCGUCCUGCUGGCGGAAAUGAAGGAAGCAUUUGAAGCUGAGGCCAAGCAGACCAGCAGGGCCCGCCUCCUGAUGUCGGCCGCAGUGUCAUCUGGGCGGGGCACCAUCGACACAGCCUAUCAGAUCCCUCAGCUCGGACAGUCCCUGGACAUGAUCAAUGUCAUGACCUACGACAUGCAUGGCUCAUGGGACCCCUUCACCGGGGAGUGCAGCCCCCUCUACAGGGGCCCCGCUGACCACGGGGGCUACAUCUACUUCAACGUGGACUACGCCAUGCACUACUGGCAGAGCAACGGAGCCCCAGCCGAGAAGCUGCUGGUGGGCUUCCCCACCUACGGCAACACCUUCACCCUCACCAACGCGGCCAACCACGGCGUGGGAGCUGCCAUCUCCGGGGCCGGAGCUCCAGGGAAGUACACCCAGGAAGCCGGAGAGCUGGCCUACUUUGAGAUCUGCGGCUUCUUGGAGGGAGCGACAGAAGUGUGGAACACCGUGCAGGACGUCCCGUACGCCUACAAGGGCAAUCAGUGGGUGGGCUACGACAACGCCAAGAGCUUUGAGAUCAAGGUCCAGUGGCUGAUGAAGAACAAGUUUGCCGGAGCCAUGGUGUGGACGAUCGACAUGGAUGACUACAUGGGGACCUUCUGCAACCAGGGCAAAUACCCUCUGAUCAGUGUCCUGCACAAAGCCUUCGGCCUGGACCAAGCAACCUGCUCCCCACCUGCGACUCCCCUCCCUCCCAUCAAGGGAGUGACCACCGGCAGUUCCGGUGGGGGCAGUUCCGGUGGGGGCAGUUCCGGUGGGGGUAGCUCUGGGGGCAGUUCUGGUGGGGGCAGCUCCAGUGGCUCCAGUGGCACCAGUGGCAUGGACGCCACCUUCUGCGUGGGCAAGUCCAACGGGAUGUACCCCGAUCCCACCGACAAGAACCAGUUCUACCAGUGCAGUGGGGGCAACACCUACUUCCAGCACUGCGCCCAAGGCCUGGUCUUCGACACCAGCUGCUCCUGCUGCAACUGGCAAUAAGCCUGUCCAAUCAGAGAGCUGCAUUCAUAAACCUCCACCGCAGCAGUGAGAGCCACAGCACGAUUGGACGCCGUCGGUGACUGCCGUUAUGACGGCACGAUCAUGAUGGAAGGGUUAGGGAAGAUAGCACCGUUGUGUACAGUGAUGCCAGCCAUGAUGUACACACUCCACUGUUGUUGCCUGGAAAUGUUCAACAAUAUAUGUUUCCAGUCUUUAUUAAUGCAGCUCUUUGACAAAAAUGGCGUGUACAAAUUGAAAAAAAAAAAAAAAAAAAAAAAAAACUUUUAUUUGUGGUUCAUAGAGGGAAAUGAUUGCAAUACAUUUGGCUUUUAGACUUGGCUUUUUGUUUUUUGGCAACCUGUAGUUACCACAUGUCAAGAUGUUAGAACACUGAAUAAGGCAAAGAAAAUGUGUUUUUCAAUGUCUGUUUGAACAUCUUAUGCUUGAAUGAUCGAAACUCUUGUUGUGAGAACCACACUUGUUCCUGAAACUCAGAAUUGGUCAACAUCUGUCUGCGGUCUCAGCCAAACCUUUUCCUGUCUCCACAACGCUGCUGCCAUUAUGUUAACGUCACCAGCGUUCGUUCUGCUGUUUUGUAAGAUGCUACAUCUGACUGAAGACUGGGGAAAUACUUUCCCUUCACUUGGGACCAGUGUAUUGGUGAUGUCCAUUGUCCAGCAGCCUCAAUAAAAGCAGUCUAAAAACA